AUUAGUGUAGCAAAUGUCGAAAUCUGAUUCUUUUCUUCUUCUUCUCCUUCUGCGUGUCGUGAUACUACCAUUCGUUCUAUAUCUCGUAUCUGGCGUUUUACGUACUUGGUUGACUUUUAACGGAAAAUAACGGAAAGUAAACAUGCUCAGAGGAAGAUUCGCCGAUAGAAGAAACUCGGCUGCUUCUUUUAAUUCACUUGCCGGUCCAGCUAUCGUUAAGAUACUUGUUGGUUCAGAUGGCCAGGAAUUCCUAAUUCCGAGAAAACUCCUGGCAUCAUGCAACUACUUUCGCCGGCGGAUAGACAAUGCUCGCGUUGAAUUCGAAAAGGGUCAGGCUCACAUCAUCGUGGUCGUGGAGGAUCAGGAGCCGCCCAUGUUCGAAUUAUUCGUAUACUGGCUGAACGAACGCAAGAACUUCGAUAAGUUCAUCGACGCCGCUGAGGCCGACCACUCCUGUCUGGAACUCCAUAACAACCUAGUCCAGUUACACUUAUUCGCCGCGCAGAUAGAUAUCCCUGCUUUGCAAGACUGUGCUAUGGACGCCAUACAAGAUGUCUACCUCCGGCAAAAUUGGGAUAUCAGUACGAAACUUAUUGACUUCGUCUACACCUCGUGCGAUCCGCAAGAGAGCUGUCGACUACGAAAAUGGAUUGUGGCCAUGACAGCUUGGACACUCGGGGGCGUAGUUACGACCGCAAUGUCGAAUAGCAUCCAACGCCUCUUCGAACAAUGUCCAGACUUCUGGGCCGAAUACAACAACCACACGCGCAAAAUGGCUCGGACAGGGCUUGAGGGCCAAUUCAAGAAUCCCCAAUUAAGACUUCCUUCCAACAACCUCCGCGGAGAAGAGCGUCAGUUCGGUUUCCGUCAAUGCUCUUUUCACACUCACCGAUCGACCGUCGGGCAAGGAAAAUGUCCUCACGCCGCCCCCCUCUCGCCCGUUAUUCCUUCACCAUACACAGACGGCUGCGUCGAGUCAGAUUCGGACCGAGGCGAAUCCAGGUUCGGGUCACGAAUGGUUUCGCCCAGUAGCGACAUGAUCCCCGAAUCCGAUUUUGAAACCUCAUGAAACAUUGUGGUUAAGACGCCACUCGACUGCGGCUUCAACUAAGCCUUUGUAUUUUUACCAGCAACUGUAUUUUUUUUACACACCCGAGGGGAACAACUUCCAUGUGGAAGUUAUUAGUCUAGGCGUCGCGUUCGUGUUCGAGGGGG